AUGCCGCAACCACACCCAAUCUAUCCGAAACUCCAUGCCUCAUCCAGGCUCCCGGGGCCACUGUCCAUACCCGGGGGAAUGGUAGCUAUUCCCAACUAUGGACCUAUCCCACGUCCCCUGAACAUGAGUCAACGCUAUCAGGUUUUACGAACGAAGCGGAAGCACGUUCUAAAAGCCUGCGAUCGGUGUAGGGUGAAGAAGACGAAGUGUGACGGGAACCAACCAUGUUAUCGAUGUGCUGUGUAUAACCAUCCGUGCCUGUUUCGGGAGAGGAAGGCAACACAGACCAAGACAUAUUCCAGAGGCUUCGUUGAAAUGCUUGAGUCCCACCACGCGUUAGUUGUGAAGGCACUUCAGCAGUUAUAUACUCAUUGUAUCAACAAUAAGUGUUUCCCAGGCGAACCCAUCGAGCUCGUGGAUGGGUACCCCUUAACCCACGCCAUUCUGGAUCGACUUGGCCUUAUCAAACAAGCUCAGGAGCAGAACAUCACGCACAACGUAGAAGCUGAGUUAAUAGCAGCUUCAAAGUAUUGGAAAACCGAAUCAUCGGGACCAAAUUCAUCAGAACACGGCAAUUCCCCCAUUGAGCCAUGCUGUCAGCUUGGCCGGUCCCGGCCCGGCGGUUCAUGUUCGAUCUUGACUCCAUCUGAGCAUGAUCUGGUGAAAUGCGAGCCUUCUCCUACCAGUGGCGUACGCGAAACCUUCCGGGUAUUUGGACGUGAGGAGGCGUAUUGGCCGGUAAACGGUGAAUCCGCCCUCACACACGCUACUCCUGAUUAUAACCGGGCAGCACCACUGGGCUCUAGCAACAUCAACAGCGUGCCAGGUAACUACUCUCCCACGCACCCCAACCACCAAUCGAGUCCCCUAGCCUGUAACAGUCUUCCAUCCCCAGUCUCGGUGAGCAAUACAACCAUAGUUCCAAGUACUUGCCCGCAGACGGAUCCCAGGAUUGGUUACCCAACCGUGACUACCGUUCAGUACCCGGGGUAUCCCCAUCCGUACUCUGAGGUAGAGCAACAAACUGCCUGGAACUCGCCGCAGGGAUGGUCAGAAUAA